UUCUUCCCAUUGAGUUUCAUAGAGGGGGCCAAACAAAAUAUUUUCUUUCCUCCUUCAACGUGUUUUUACGCGAUCCAUACCUGUCGUGACGCCAGAGCCCGCAGCCGCAUCUGAUACCAAGCCACGUUGAGGCGUUGAUCAUACUCUAUAGUCUCUCUAUUCAAUCAAAUUUGGGUAAAACCUGGAAGAAAAACAACAUUCUUCUUUUUUUUUCCUGCCCGUUUUACUUUCUCCCUUCGUCUCUCCUAAUUAUAGUGCUCAGGUUGAAAACCUAAAAACUUUGCGGAUUCUGUGCUUCUCUUCUCUUUCAUGGCAGGGAGAAACCGUAUACCUCGCCAUCCUGCUGAUUUUCAUGAAUUAAGAGAUGGCCCUAUGCCAUUUUUAAACAGAGGAUCAGGACCUGUUCCUGUUUAUCCUGUGGCUCUAGAGGAAGAAGUUGAAAUUCAACACGAAGAAAACCAGAGGAUUGCUGCUGAAAAUCGGCAUAUGCUUCAUGAUAAUGUGAAUCUUGAAAGAGACCUGGUAGCUGCUAAAGACGAAAUUCACAGAUUGGAUGAGUUCAUAAGAAAACUUCGUGCUGACAAUGAUGUUAAUUUUAGGGAAUUGAUUGAGAGGGGUUUAAAGCUGGAAGCUGAUUUACGAGCCGCUGAAUCUAAUAGAGAAGAAGUGCUGCGUCUAAGAGCUGAAACUCAGAAAUUGAAUGUUAUGAGACAAGAUUUGACUGGUCAAAUUCAAGGUCUCAGUCAAGACAUAGCUCGAUCGCGCUCUGAGAAUAAGCAAUUGAGUGCUUUAAGAGCGGAUGUAGAUGGAUUCCGCAAUCAACUAACUGAAGCCAGGAGAGCUUUGGAAUAUGAGAAAAAAUCAAAUGAGGAGCAGGUUGAGCAGAAGGAUGCUAUGGAGAAGAAUGUGAUGUCAAUGGCUCGUGAGGUUGAAAGGCUACGAGCAGAAAAGCUGAGCAUGGAUAGGAGAGGUCAUGGACUUGGUAGUGGGAGUGGCUACACAAUGUACAAUGGAGUCCCAGAUAUGAGGUAUCCAGGUGGGGGGCCUUCUGCUGAUGGGUUUGGUGGAGCUUGGCUCCCUUACGCUAAGCGCCCCAGACGUUGAACUCCAAUGAAGAUGUGCUACAGUUUCAGUAGAAGGGAAAAAGGAAGGGGGGGGGGGGGAGUAUGCCAGGACUGGAUGUACCUUUACUUAAUACGGGUGUAAUCAACUAAUUUAAGCCUCGUAUCCUGACAAUGGUUGAAGCAGUAAGAUCGGCCUUUUAGCAAAGAAAGGGAUACACAUUACUACAUUAGCCUAUGCCUGUUUCUCUGCUUCAUGAUUGUGCAGUUGCUUAAUUCUAUUUAUUCGUCUUUUGUAUACUUGAGUAGUGUGGAAAUUGGAAAGUGCACGAAAGUGUUAAAACGUACUCA